AUGUUGGAGUUGAAAGUAAGUCGUUGUUGUAAAUUAAGCAAUGAACGACAAUUACCAGCCGUUUUAUUCAUUGGUAAAAGUCGUAACAACAAUGAAUAUAUCGUUGCUGUUAUUAUCAACGAUACUUUAUGCUCAUCGUAUACCUCAACUUAUGACCAGAAAAGUUGGGAAGCAUUACGUGAAGAAAGUGAAUUCAGCACAGAUGAAGAGUUCAUCGCUGAACUUGCUGAUCAGAAUAAUUCAUUAAAUAUGGAACGCUCAGAGUGUGUCCAGGUAAAAUGGAUUCGACCGGAUCAAGGUGGUCUUACGUUUGAAUUCUGCACACUGACGCUUAAUCUAGAUACAACUUGGAUAUAUGAUAUUGUAGAUGCUCUUUUGAAGGAGCGAAAUAUUCAUUACGAUAAUGCAAUUAGAGGAGAAACUAUCAUAGCUAGUAUGGAAAGGAGAUUGGAAUUGCUCGGAAAGAAAGUUGAAGAAAUGGAUGAUUACCGCCGAAAUUUGUCCAACACUUUGAUUUCAAAAUUUGUUGCUAUCCAAAAUGAAAAGAGGAAUUCGUGA